AUGGAGGACAGCCUGACUCACCAAGUUGAUAGCGAACAAAGGAUGUGGAAACCUGUGAGGAAGCCAGGGGUCGCCGGACACGGCAGAAUAGUGGUGUCACGAGUCACUACUGGACCUGCCGAGGGGUCGGCCAAAGUGACAGAUCCUGCGAGCGGUGUGACUGUGGUGCAGUCGCAAAAAAAACAUCAAGACGCGAAGGAUUCCAGCGUGAGGGUGUGCAGAGCCUCCAGCGGAACUGCACCUGCGGUAGAGGACUCGCAGGCAUCUACACCAGCAGUCACUACACCACCAGAGCUAGGCACACCCAAUGUCCUCGAGGCGGUAGAAUCAGCGAGUCUCAGCAUGGCCCUGCCUGCUGCAGACGUCUCCUGUGCGGGGACCCGUGCACCUGACGUAGGUGAAGCGACCUCCUUCUCCGGGGCCGCCUCGCUGGACCACCCACUCACGCAGCUGCUCUGGCAAGAGGGUCUCCUGUCGAUGCGACUGGUGAUGCUGUCCACCCCCAGAACCUCUGCCUCCACCAGUUGUGCCCCCGCAUGCAGCUCCCUGACCUCCACCCCCACUAGCUCCACCACGACAGCCACCCAAGCCGUCUCCGCCACCCCUAGUGCCACCACCACCCCCGCCACCCCCACCACCCCAGCCACCACCACCUCCACCGCCCCGACUACCGCCACCACCACCGCCCCCGCCACCGCCACCUCCGCCGCCACCCCCACCACCCUUACCCUUCUGACGCCCACCCCUGUUGCGCCUCCUGCUAGGAGCAGACGCCGCACUGGCUUCCUCAGCACCGAGGAAGUCAACAGCAACAGCAGAGGUGACAAAAGUUGCGAGGAGGGAAGGAGCACAUUUCUUAAAAAAGGAGGUGCGGGCAGUACUAUGGGAGACAGCUACAGCGUGGGCUCUGGUCUCAGGCUCUAA